UUCAGUCGUGCUUGGACCGCCACGCGAAGAUCAAGGAUGAAUUCUUACAUUGUCCUUCACGGGGUCGGAGAUCUGCGUUUGGAGAAGGGGCCUGUUCAAGAAAUUGAACCUCAUGAGGUCCUCGUGAGGAUGUCCUGGGUCGGGAUCUGCGGAUCGGAUGUGUCCCUGGCGUACAAAGGGAAGCUGGCGGACUAUGAACUCGAGCCGCCCCUGGGAGUGGGACACGAGGCUUCAGGCGUGGUGGCCAAAUGUGGCUCUGACGUCAAGAACUUGAAGCCCGGUGACCGCGUGGCCCUGGAGCCCGGAGACCCUUGCGGUUCUUGCCAGUUCUGUCGAGGGGGACAUUAUAACACCUGCGAGACUUCCUGCUUCCACAGCUCCCCCGUGCCUAACCCGGGAUGCCUCAGCCACUACUACAAGCACAGGGCCGACCUUUGCCAUAAGUUGCCAGACACCGUGAGCCUGGAGGAGGGCGCCCUGAUCGAGCCCUUCGCUGUCGCUAUACACGCGUGCCGCCGCUCCGGGGUGUCCAUGGGGACGUCGGUGCUGAUCUGCGGCGCCGGCCCCCUGGGGCUGCUCGGCCUCGUCACCGCGAAGGCCAUGGGCGCCUCCAACAUCCUCGUCACGGACAUUAAAGCGAAGCGCCUGGAAGUGGCCAAGCAGAUGGGCGCCCACCACACGCUGCUGGCGGACGGAAGCGAGCCCCGCGCCUUCGCCCAGAGGAUCAAGCAGACGAUGGGGUGCAUGCCGGAGGUCAGCCUCGAGUGCAGCGGCGUGGAGUCCGCCUUCGCAACCGCCAUAUACGCCACGAGGAUGUGCGGCGUCGUGAUGGUGAUGGGGCUGCCCACCAAGGACCUCACGCUGCCCAUCGUCAACGCCGCCAUCCGCGAAGUCGACAUCAGGGGCGUUUUCAGAUACGUCAACUGCUACCCCAUUGCCAUCGAAAUGCUCUCCAAGGGACUGGUGAACCUGAAGGCCCUCAUCACACACUCUUUCAAAUUCGGGGACUUCCAGAAAGCGUUCGAGAUUUGCCGCGACGGCGCUGACGGAGUGGUCAAGUGCCUCAUUUCCUGCGAGUGAAGCUGGAAUUGUCUACUUGCAUGUUUAAUAAAGCUGACUGGCAAGAGAUUGCAGAGUGAUAACAUGUAUAAACACUUAUUGUAAACAUCCACUCGAGGAAGAUAACAACUAUAUCAUUAAUGAGGCACAAAUCCCCAACGGUUCACAGGG